AUGGGUAAAGGAUAUGAGUUUACCAAAGCCUUUGGUCUGGUGCUCAGGAGAGACAAGACUCUGGCCACGGCUGCCCUAGGACAUUUGCAUGAGGCCACAUUCUUGGAUCAAGUGUGGAACCAGAAUGGCAAAAGCCCCUCCAUCACCUUCGAGUACACGUUGCUGCAGCCACCACACACGCACCACCUACAGCCUGUCUAUUAUAGCUUCUCCGAGCCAGCCUCCGAGAGCACAGAGAGCACCGAGGGCCAGGAGCUGGACAGUGCCAGGCUGCUGGGCUUCAUGCAGCAUAACGGCUCACUCUACCACCAGGCCUCCUCAGAGAGGCUGGGCCUGAAUAACAAGCUGUUUCAGUCUCCAGUCCCUGAAGUAGAGCUGGGUCCGAGCAGGGGCCAGGAGACCAACGAGGUGUGCGAGCGAGCCAGCGGUGGGGCCUGUGAGGGACCUCCCAGGGGCAAGGGCUUCCAAGACCACAAUGCCACUGGGAUAGCUCUCUCAGGGGACAAGGAUGACCAGGAGGUUGAUACACGUUUCACCUCCCAGGAGCUUCUCUCAGCCAACGCCAUCUCUGAUCAGCUCCUGGGCACAGGCUCUGACUCGGAAGAGUUCUCUCUCAAUGAGACCAUGAACAGCGUCUUUUCCCAGGGAGCCCCAAGAAACUCCCCAGCUGAGAGCCUCUAUGUGGAUUAUGAGGAGAAUGAGGGGCCUGCUGCCUACUUGAUCAAUGGGUCUUACCUGGAGCUGAGCAGUGACAGGAUCAAUACCUCCUCUGAGGCCCCAUUCCCCAACACCAGUGCCAGCCUCCCCACAUUGGCUGGGAACAGGACUCACAAGGCUAGGACCAGACCCAAGGCGCGCAAACAAGGUGUGAGCCCAGCUGACAUGUAUAGGUGGAAGCUCUCAUCCCAUGAGCCCUGCAGCGCCACAUGUACCACAGGAGUCAUGUCCACAUAUGCCAUGUGUGUUCGCUAUGAUGGUGUUGAGGUGGAUGACAGCUACUGUGAUGCCCUGACCCGUCCUGAGCCUGUCCACGAAUUCUGCGCUGGGAGGGAGUGCCAGCCCAGGUGGGAGACCAGCAGCUGGAGUGAGUGCUCACGCACCUGUGGUGAGGGCCAUCAGUUCCGCAUCGUGCGCUGCUGGAAGAUGCUGUCUCCUGGCUUUGACAGCUCCGUGUACAGUGACCUGUGUGAGGCCACAGAAGCUGUACGGCCUGAGGAGCGCAAGAUAUGCCGCAACCCAGCCUGUGGGCCACAAUGGGAGAUGUCUGAGUGGUCGGAGUGUACAGCCAAGUGUGGAGAGCGCAGCGUCGUGACCAGAGACAUCCGCUGCUCUGAGGAUGAGAAGCUGUGCGACCCCAGCACCAGGCCUGUGGGAGAGAAGAAUUGCACGGGGCCUCCCUGUGACCGCCAAUGGACUGUCUCAGAUUGGGGACCGUGCAGUGGAAGCUGUGGGCAGGGCCGUACGAUCAGGCAUGUGUACUGUAAGACCAGCGAUGGACGGGUAGUCCCAGAGUCUCAGUGCCAGAUGGAGACAAAGCCUCUGGCCAUCCACCCCUGUGGGGACAAGAACUGCCCGGCCCACUGGCUGGCUCAAGACUGGGAGCGGUGCAACACUACCUGUGGGCGUGGUGUGAAAAAGCGGUUGGUUCUCUGCAUGGAGCUGGCCAAUGGGAAGCCUCAGAUGCGCAGUGGUCCUGAGUGUGGGCUGUCCAGGAAGCCCCCUGAGGAGAGCACCUGCUUUGAGAGACCUUGCUUCAAGUGGUACACCAGCCCCUGGUCAGAGUGCACCAAGACAUGCGGGGUAGGUGUGAGGAUGAGAGAUGUGAAGUGUUAUCAGGGAACCGACAUUGUCCGAGGAUGUGACCCACUGGUGAAGCCUGUUGGCAGACAGGCCUGUGACCUGCAGCCGUGUCCCACAGAGCCCCCAGAUGAUAGCUGCCAGGACCAGCCAGGCACCAACUGCGCACUGGCCAUCAAAGUGAACCUCUGCAGCCACUGGUACUACAGCAAAGCCUGCUGUCGCUCCUGCAGGCCUCCCCAUUCCUAGCUGGUGCUAUAGCCCUUGAGACCUGAGCACCCCAUCCUGGGGCUCUCGCUGGACACCCACCCUGCAGGAGAUCCUGGGCUGUAAAGAUGUGACACAGAGCACAACUGACAAGAAAGGACUUUUGACACUGUGGCCCUGUCUCUGCCUUGGGAGAGAGCCCACAGGCCCCUUCUCGGAGCCACCCUGCUGCCAGAAGCUGUACAUGAACUCCUAGGAUCCUGGGUUUGCGCCCACACUAGAGGGCCCAGAGUAGGCAGUACCUGCCCAUUUUCCAGGCCCUUCUCUGAGGUGGAAGAACCCUCUCAAGGUGACUUGCAGAUGACCCAAGUAGGAGAGAGUGCUCCCUUCUUUGGCUGCCUUGGGCAAGGAGGGGUCUUGGGUCAGCUAAGGAGCCCAGGCUGCCCUGGCUGUGGAAGUAUUGAAGGUACCCAUUCUAAGACAUUAGUGCCACUGUGCCUCCCCUCCUGGACUUCCUGUGCUAGGUGGAAGGGACAGCCCUUGUUCUUGUGGCGUCCCUGCCACCCUCCUCACUACUCACUGGUGCAUGUUAAUAA